UCCUUGCUCUCCGGGCAGGGCUCGUCAGGAGAGAUGAAGUACUGCUGCGACGUCGACAUUCCGAUAGUGCGCAAAGCGUUCGCUAAGCGGAAUUGGACCAAGGUGGAACCACAUCAAGACUGGAACAUCUACUGGACGUCCGUUGCCAACGCUCGAUGUCUCUUGGCCCCCGACUCCCAUACAAGGCUCUCCGAGAAACAGCGUGUGAACCACUUCUCGACGCACUACGAGUUGACGCGCAAAGACCUGUUGGCAAGGCACAUGCAGCGUUACCAGCGCCAGCGCGGGAAAAGCCAGCAGCCGGCGGCAAUUGUGCCGUCGACAUACGUCCUACCCCGAGACUACAACAUGUUUGUGGAUGAGUACAAGCGAGUCGGGGGCCUCUGGAUCGUCAAGCCUUGCGGGAAAGCACAGGGUAUCGGGAUCAAGCUGGUGGACAGGCCAUCGCAAGUGAAAGCACUAAUCAACAGCUGGGAGAGGGAGCAGCCGCACGUGGUCUGCCGCUACGUGCAUCCCCCGCUGCUGGUCGGAGGGCGGAAGUUCGAUCUGCGCCUCUACGUGCUGGUCACUUUCUUCCAGCCUCUGCGCGCAUACCUGUACCGGAAGGGUUUCUGCCGCUUCUGCCAGCUGCACUACCGAACAAAGGGACUCGACAACCCGUUCGUGCACCUCACCAACGUCUCUGUCCAGAGACACGGGGGCCGCUACAAUCAGUCACACGGUGGCAAGUGGAGCCUGUCCAGCCUAGAGAUGUUCGUGCGGGGUACACGGGGCUCUGUGUCCGCCGCGCGGCUGCGCCAAGACCUCAAGGACCUGGUGGUGCACUCGCUAACUGCCGUCGCGCCGUCCAUGACGUCCGACUGGCACUGCUUCGAAGUUUACGGCUACGACGUUCUCCUGGACGAACAGCUGCGCCCCUGGCUUCUGGAGGUGAAUGCAUCACCGUCUCUGACCUCGAGCACGCGUGCCGACGCCCUGCUCAAGCAAGCACUGGUCGACGAUGUGCUCAGGCUUGUCGCUCCUUCAGGAAAGCCGCCGACAAGUGGCCAUCCGGAAGCUGGGAUGGGCGACUUCGAUCAGCUACUUCCCGAGACGCCCUGAGUGAUGGACUCGACCAAAGCCAAUGGGAUCGCCGUGCAUUGCAUACUAUGUAAUAAACAAUCACAUUUCUUCUGUGGCGGUACAUGACGGUCCCUUCCAGACCGCAUAUGCUCACUUUCAGUGAUUAUCGACGCCGCUCGU